CACUUAUUUCGCGCGUAAUGUACUUUUCGGUAACCUAUUUAUUCUUACUUUGGAGGAAGAUGUUGUAAAUCAACGAUGCAGUUCGGGAUGUGCGCGGUUUCGGAUGAUACUUUAAUUAGGAUGGCGUGCAAGUCGUGAGCAAAAAGGUAAAGGAUAGUUUGUCCACUCUUCCAGUUCGAGCGCAGUGUGCCCUCUAAGAUCAAGAAUGAAUGCAAGAUGCUCAUUACUGAAACUGAGAAGAAAGUUCAUCCCUUCACUGCUGUCAUUGCUGACUUUGUGUGUCCUGCUGUUGAUCACUGUAAAGUACAGCUCCAUCACUGAAUCUUUACCACCACCUGUCGACAUUCAGACUUUUCAAAAGUACAAUGUGAACUGUAAAGCGAUCUACGACAUGGACCCCGUUGAGGUGGGGAAAUCGCUCAUCACCAGAGCAAAGCAACUUGUGGAAGACACCGAUGAAAGUCUGUCUACGGCCACCUCAAACUGUCCCAUGUUCAUGAAGACAAGAGGUUAUGAUGAUGUGUGCGUGUUGGAGGAGGAGGAGGAUUUUCCAAUUGCUUAUUCUCUGGUUGUGCAUAAAUCUGCGUGGAUGUUGGAGAGGCUACUCAAAGCGAUUUACUCACCAAAUAACAUCUAUUGCAUCCACUACGAUGAAAAGUCCUCCGCUCAGUUCAUCUCAGCCGUGACAAGUUUGGCUGGGUGUGUGCCCAAUGUUUUCAUUGCCACCAAGAGAGAAGUGGUAUUUUACAGCGACAUUACGCGACUGAAAGCUGACCUCAACUGUCUGUCGGACCUUCUGAGGUCAGAGGUCCAGUGGAAGUACGUCAUCAACCUCUGCGGUCAGGAUUUUCCCCUCAGGACCAACAUAGAGCUGGUGUCAGAACUCAAGAAGUUGAACGGAGCGCACAUGCUGGAGACAUGUAAACCUACCAAGUCCAAGAAGAAAAGGUUUACUUUCCACCAUGAGCUGAGAGACAAUCGUGAAUUUGGCAAGUGGCAAGAGGCAACGAAGCAGAGAAAGACGCCACCUCCACACGGUAUCCAGAUGUUCACUGGUAGCGCCUACUUUGUCUUAUCAAGACACUUGGUCGUUUACUUGAACUCCUCGGCUGUGGUGAGGGAUUUGCUGGACUGGUCAGAGGACACCUUCUCUCCGGAUGAACACUUCUGGGCGACGCUUGUGCGGAUACCAGGCGUACCAGGGGAGGUACCCAGAUCCCAGGGUGACAUCACCGACCUGAUGAGUAAGACCAGGCUGGUGAAGUGGGAAUACCUGGAGGUGGAAGUGUACCCGCCAUGCACGGGGGAACAUGUCCACAGCGUUUGUAUUUUUGGCGCAGCAGAAAUGCGUUGGUUACUGAGCUAUGGUCACUGGUUUGCCAAUAAGUUUGACCCCAAAGUGGACCCGGUUGCAAUCCAGUGCCUUGAGGAGGAGCUGGAGGAAAGACAAAGGUUUUUCCGAAAAGCAGCCGUUUCCUCCUGUUCAAAACGUUAACCCAAAACUCCAGUGCUGACACAUCAUCAGAUGCUGUUUAUCAAGACACCUUCAGGUGAGGCAGGCCCCCUGUAGGCUGAUCAGAACCCGGGUGCAUUUAAAGGUUGGGUGAGAAUUCUUUGCUUGAUUAACCCUUUAAUCGUCCACCAGAAUCCUGGCAGUGGUUUUGGUAUGAACCUUGUGACCAGACUUCCUCAAGCCUUAAAGGCAGCUUUUUUUGAUCCAGCAGAUGUCGCCCUUGAGCUCCAGCAUGAAACCAAAACAACUCGCGCUGCAUUGUUGUGUUAGCAUGCUAAUGCUAGCGAUCUUUAUUAUGCUCGUAUCUUCACACUGCAUGUAAAUUUACCUGAAAUGAGCGUGAUCUAGAAACACAGUUAAGCAGUGAGUACAGUAUGUUAUUCUUCUUUUCUCUAGUCCCUCAAUUAAACAACUUUUAUACACGAGGGGAGGAGUCAGCCGGCCGUCCGGGCGAUGUAAACAAAGUGAAGAUAGGACUCUGAAAACUCUGAAAACAUCACAGACAGUGGGACUCGGGUGUUACACCCAUUGUAGACAGUCAUGACUCAGAGUUAUUUUCAGAGGAUAUAUUUGAUUUAUAUUAUAUUUAAGUGUGAAAAAUCACAUAUAAAGACUUUAAUGAUACUAUAAGAAAUCUAUUUUUUGUAUUUUAAAUACAUGAGCUUGAAUUGUUAUGCUGACAUACAUGGCAUGACUUGACAAUCCACUGUGAGUAUUUUUUUAUCUGAAGUGUUUACUAUGCAGGAAAUGUGUGUCUGAAAUGACUUUCAUACUAGUCAUACACAUCGAGUAUGUAGCAUGAUCCGAAGUCACAGUAUGCAAUUUUGUGUAUGCGAGAAAUACCAGGAUGUAAACUAAAUCUGCCAGAACUUUUUAAGUAUGAAACGGGUGUUUACUAGUCAUACUACUAUCUCUCCACUCCAUAAUGCACUGAAGCUCUCAAACUGUCCAAUCGCGGAGCUUGCCAGCAAGCCGACUAGCAGCUUAAAAUAAAAGCUCCGUACUGAAAUACAUUUUACAUGUUGCCAAAUAAUAUUAAAAUGACUACUUAGCUGUUUUAGUAAUGGAAGUUAGCAUGGCGCUAGCUUGAUGCUAGCUCAUCAGUGAGCUCGGACUGGAAAUAUGUUUCAAGACCCGUAUUUUAGUAUGUUGCUAAGGUAUGCUAAUGUAUGCUACUAACGGCCGGGUUAGUAUGCAGUGUAUAUAUUUUGAGUAUGUAGUAGGCAGUAUGUAUGUGGUUUUUGUUACAGCUAAACAUGUUAUAUUUUAAAGGUAAUGAAGGAUGAAACAUGCUCCGACAUGCGUUUCUAUGUAUUUACAUUUAAUUUAUUAUUUACAGUUUAAUUUUUUUACAAAAAAUCUUCUAAAUAUUUUUAUGUUUUCACGACGGCAUCAACAUCAGGAAUCCUCUGAACGAUCAAUAAAAUUUUACUUUUGAUAA